CAGCUGACUCAAAGCUCAAAGGCUGCCGUGCCCUCAGCACAGGGUAGUAUGAGGGCAGGAACCUUUUAAGUGAGUCUCACAUCCUGCAGCCGGGCAGGCUUGCAGAGGUCUCGCCCAAUGGCCCUUCCCGCUCUACAGGACGUCUGUCUGCAUGUCAUCCCCUUGGCCAGGGUGAUGCCAGUGCAGCGCUGCCUCUCCAGCUCUGCCCCAGCCUGGUCCAUGGAGAAACCCUCAUCUUUCCUCCUUGCUUAGGAGCCUGCAGCAGUGCAGGUCCUGCCGUAGGGGCCCAGAGGCAACUACACCUUCAGCCCACCAAAGGGUACUGCGUGCUCGGAGCUGCCUGCAAAAGAGAAUGAUCCUGCCACAAGCCACUGCCACCACCCCAGAGUCAUGAGAACACCCGGAAUCACUUGGGAAUCUGCUCCCUGCAGAAAGCUUACACAGGCAGAUUGCUUCCAGAGUCCAAGUACUUGUAUCAGCUGCCCAAGGGAAGGAGCACAGACAAAGGAGAAACAACACAAUGAGUCAUGGGACACGGAGGCCACGAGCACUGUAAGGGUGAUACAGCACAGAAAGGUCAGGUAAGGUUAACACAACAUACAGAAUUCAGGAACAUUGUAAGGGUGACGCAGCACACAGGGCAGGAGCGCUGUAAGGGUGACGCAGCACACAGGGCAGGAGUGCUGUAAGGGUGACGCAGCACACAGAGGGCAGGAGCGCUGUAAGGGUGACACAGCACACAGGGCAGGAGCGCUGUAAGGGUGACACAGCACACAGAGGGCAGGAGCGCUGUAAGAGUGACACAGCACACAGAGGGCAGGAGCGCUGUAAGAGUGACACAGCACACAGAGGGCAGGAGCGCUGUAAGAGUGACACAGCACACAGAGGGCAGGAGCACUAAGUGUGACACAGCACACAGAGGGCAGGAGCGCUGUAAGGGUGACGCAGCACACAGAGGGCAGGAGCGCUGUAAGGGUGACACAGCACACAGGGCAGGAGCGCUGUAAGGGUGACACAGCACACAGGGCAGGAGCGCUGUAAGGGUGACACAGCACACAGAGGGCAGGAGCGCUGUAAGAGUGACACAGCACACAGAGGGCAGGAGCGCUGUAAGGGUGACACAGCACACAGAGGGCAGGAGCGCUGUAAGAGUGACACAGCACACAGGGCAGGAGCGCUGUAAGGGUGACACAGCACACAGAGGGCAGGAGCGCUGUAAGAGUGACACAGCACACAGAGGGCAGGAGCGCUGUAAGGGUGACACAGCACACAGAGGGCAGGAGCGCUGUAAGAGUGACACAGCACACAGAGGGCAGGAGCGCUGUAAGGGUGACGCAGCACACAGGGCAGGAGCGCUGUAAGGGUGACACAGCACACAGGGCAGGAGCGCUGUAAGGGUGACACAGCACACAGAGGGCAGGAGCGCUGUAAGGGUGACACAGCACACAGAGGGCAGGAGCGCUGUAAGGGUGACGCAGCACACAGAGGGCAGGAGCGCUGUAAGGGUGACGCAGCACACAGAGGGCAGGAGCGCUGUAAGGGUGACACAGCACACAGAGGAGCCCUGAGCCCUGUAACAGUGAUAGAGCAGGGCACUCAGGGAAGGGCACACAGCAGAGAUGUGUUCUGUGGCUGCCUGGCCCCAGCUCUUCUGGAGACCUCUUGCUUCAGUUAUCCCUCAGAUCUAAGCCCAGACCUGCCUGGCUGCACCCACACGCUCCAUCAGUGUGAGCUCUCCGUGACAAGGAGUUUCUGUGCAGUGUGUUCCACUUGCACGCAUAGGCAGUGGGACCAAUCCCAGAUGCCAGCACUGAGUCACACCAAACCCACACCGCUCCAGCCCUCAUCGCUGGCCCUCCAGCCCGGCACAUCCUCACCCUGCUUGUUUUGCAACUGCUGCCGAUGCUCAGCCCCUGUGCAGGACCCUUCUCUACUCCAAAUGAACAGGAGAGGCUCAGCUUGCUGCUGCUCUGCUGCCACCAGGCCCAGGUGCUGCCCACCACCAGCAGUGGCCCAGCACCAACCUGCAGAGCACCGAGCUGUCUCCCCACCACCUCAUCCAGGCUGUGGGACUCCAGCCAGCUUCCCCCACCUCAAGAACGUCACAAACAUCAAGGGACACAUCCUACCUUGCUGGCUUCCACAGUCUUGCCCAUCUGCUGGGAGAGGACAGCAGCAUACUCUGCCUCAGUGAGCUUGCCAGUGCUAAGCCCAAUCACUUGGCCUAUGUACUCCUUCGGGGACUUCAGCAGGCUAAGGACAACAGGCCCAAGGUCCUCCACGGCCAUCCCAUCCAUAGGGCAGUCCUCCAUGGGCAGUGCUGCACAGGAGAGAUUGAUCCUGCUCAGAGUGCAGCCCAGCUCCAACAAGGUACAGCUAGAGAUUCUGUCACCCAGACUGAACACCAGGUGAGGAAGAGCCGAGAGCACCCAUCAAGGCUGAGCCAGCAGACUGUGAACAGCCAGAGCAGCACCAUGACUCUCCUGGAUCUGCAACCCCACUGUUAGCCUUCAACAUCCCAACUGCAGGUGUCCAGAGUUGGGGUGUCCAGAGAUGCUCUGGAGUCUGCAGAGCAGCCCUCAGCACCAGAAAUAGGACUGGUUUCUUGCAGGAGACCCAACACAUCUGAAGGGCCUUAAUGCAGCUGCAACAAGCUGGCACAGGCCUCCCUUCCCCAUCAGUCUAAAGCUCUAAUGGUUCCUCCAUCCCUCAGUGAGGCUCUGCAUAGGGGGAACAGUUGAGAAUGACAGGAGAGUGACCUGAGGAGUAAGAGACCUCAUCUUACACAGCACAAAGGUGUCUCCCUGCGAGGCCUUCUGUGGCUUGAAGAAGGUGAGGAAGUUCUCAAAGUAGAACGGCAGUCGGAUGAUUGUGGUGGGAACACCAGUUUUCUGGAAAUACUCCUCCACCACACCUUUGCCAUCAAAGUGGGGCACUUCCAGCUGGCCUCCUGUCAGCUGCUUCACAUUCUCCAGGCCGCUGUACACUACGUGUUGCAGACUGAGGCGCUUCGACAGGUCAGCUAGACGCUUUCCCUGGGUGAAGGGUGAAGCAUGAAACCGGCCAUGAAGAGGGGAAUGGGACACAUGGGAGACCUCAUCAUCCUCAUCCCCUUGCUUCCCCUUUGUGGCACCCUGAGCCCUCAGCUGGAACCAGAGCUGAGCAGACCCAAAGAGCUCUGUGAGGUGCCCAGCACAGCCCCCAGCUUUGGUGCUAGGUGCUCCACCAAACACAGAAACACCAGCCCUAAAGUCAGCCAGGGCCAGCACACCUGCCCUAACGUAUCUUAUCAUUUAUUUGUUGCCAAUUCAGGUGUGGCAAUCAUGCUGCCUCACAAAAUCAGUCCUGCAGUGAACAUUGCCCUUGGGUAAGGCUCUGGGAUUUCUGAGACUGCAACCCAUUGUGGCCUUAAAGCUGCGAGUGCUGAGAGCUACAGGACCGCAACCAGCGACAGUCUUGGCUAGGCAAAGCUGAGUCUUCCCACUCCUGCUCCCACUCCCAGGCAGUGUUCCCCAUUGCACCAAGCCUUGUGCCAUCUAACAAUACCCCGAAGGCACCAGAUCCUGGAGCCACAUGACUGCAAGGAAACAGGGAACAAGUUCUGGCUUUUCAAGACCUGGGAGCUGGUUCGUUGGUGAAGCCUUGGGACCUUCGGGCACUGGCCAUUUGAACCAUUGGGCCUGGCAGGGCUGCACUAAGAGCUGUCCCAUGACCCCUGCCCCGACCAGGCCAUUCUGCACGUGGGCUCAGUUAAAGCAAGCACUGGUACCUGUGUGAUUUCUCUCUCUUUGCUGCCAUGGUCCCAGAAGUUGGUCACAACAAAGGCUCCAUAAGCACCUGCCAAGGCCUGCUCCAGCGAUGGCUCAUCAUCCUGAUCUGCCUUCACCACCUCAGCUCCCCUCUGCUUCAGCUCCUCGACCGCUUUCUUGGUGAGGUCCCGUGUCACCGCACGGACCCUGAAGAUCCCAUCUUCCAGCAGAGCCCGGGCGACGGAGCCCCCCUGGGCCCCUGCAGGGACAGCGCGGUCAGAGGCCCAGCUCCCCUUGGCUGCCCACAGGGCUCUGCUCAGAGGAUGCUGGCACUGGGAGACGGCGUCGUCUGACUCUGCGCUCUCCUGAGGUCCCUCCAGCCCACCCUCUGCUCCCUGCGCUGCUGCCCGGGCCGGGCCGGCGCUCCCCAGACCCCCCGAGCCUCCUGGGGGCCCCGGAGCCUGCCGCCUCUGGGAACCUGCCGCUGUCUCCACCUUUAGCUGCGGGGAUCGCGGCACCUCUCCCGCAUAGCAGCGACGCGGCCACGGCGGCACGGGCCAGCACUCGCCCUCCCACCGCCUGUGCCAGCAGCUUCCCGGGCAGGGGCCGGGCCCUUCCCCGAGUACUCACCGGUUGCCCCGAACACCACGAUCAGUUUCUUCACAGACAUGCUGCUGCGCGGGCGGUCGCGGAGCCCUGUCAAGACGAGGAGCGGAACGGUCGCACGGCCGUGCGGGCGCGGCUCGGCGACCCCGCCCCGGCCCCGCUCGGGCGGCCUUGUCCGGGCACGGGACGGGGACACUGAGGGCCCAGCGCCGAUCACGUAGGGAGCCGCGACCUCGCCAUGGGGAGAGCGGGUUCGCUCACCUCGGUUCAGCUUUACUCGAUCCCGUUGGGUCCCGCUCGGCUCGGCUCGGCUAUAUCUGCCGGCGGCCGCACCUCCCCGUCCCGCGUGACUCCACCCCCGCGGGGUGGUUCGAGGCUGGGCUGGGGCUGGCCGCUUGAAUUCGAAGAGCCGCGGCGUCGCCUCCCGGGAGGUUGCCAGAGGUUUUUCCCUUUACCGUCCCGCGGCCUCGAGAUCCCCGCGGUGUAACAGCCGAGAGUCGCGGCUCCUCCAGUGCCUCACGUUUCUGUCCGUCCUUCCAGCCCUCCGGUGCCGCGCCUUCCCUGUGUCCUCGGUGUGGAAACGCGGCUGUUCCAAGGAGCAUCAUCCCCCGUCCUCUCCGGAAAGUGCAUGGCGUGUUAUCCCCGGGAGAGUGGGUGCUGCGUGGGGCAGAGCUCUGGGGACGGACACAGGUGCCCCCGGCCAAGCGACCAAUGCCGAGCGAAAUGAGGAGAGUCGUUCUGGGGGUUUUGUAGCCACGCUGGUGAGCUCUGCGGCACCGCCCGAGUCCCGGGCGGCCUCCCGAGCUCCGCCGGGCCCCAUCAGAGGUGGGGAGCAGGGACUGAGGCCACAGUCAUCCUGCUGGGAGCUUGGAACAUGGAUAAAGGCUGAGGAGCCUCAUCUGCUGCUGUGAGCCAGCCAGGGGAGCGGGGCAGCCCAUGGGACGGCCACACUGCUGCCAACGCUGUGUUCCUCAUCCAGGGAUCAUCCGUGUCACAGGAGGUCUCUGAUGGAGGAGGCUUGGAUCAAUCGCUACCGCAAGCAGCUGGUGAGGUCCAUCUCACCACAGUUCCUGGAGGAGAUCAUCUGCCACCUGCAGAGGCUGGACCUCCUGACGGCAGAGGAGGCUGGCCGGGUGCAGGAGGCAAGCUCCCUGCCCGAGCAGGUGAGGACAGUGGUUGAUGUCCUGGCUGGCAAGGGCAGCUACGCCUCCCAGUCCCUGCAGACCUUCAUCGAGACCACCAACUCCCAGCUCUACCUUCACAUCACUGUCUAUGAACCCAUGGUGCAGAAGCACGUGGAGACCCUCCGAAGCUACUAUGGGAAUGGCCUGGAGAUGGGUCCCCUCCAGCGACUCACGAACCUGCUGCUGAUAGAAGGCUUGACCGACAUCCAGCAGAAGGAGCAUGAUGUCCUGCAGACUGAAGCCACCAAAGGCUUACGAAAUCUAUCCAAGACCAUCCCUCUGGAGAAGCUCUUCCUGCCUCUCUCCAAAGUCAGCAUCCCACCUCGGAUCUCUGUCACCAUUGGAGUGGCUGGGAUUGGCAAAAGCACACUAGUGAAGCUGUUUGUCUACACCUGGGCAAAGGGGGAAAUCAACAGGGACAUUGUCUUUGUGCUGCCUCUCACCUUCCGGGAGCUCAACACCUAUGAGAAGCUCUCUGCUGAGCGACUCAUCUGCCUGGCCUUCCCUCACAUCACCGAGCCGAGUUGUGUCUGGGCGGGAAGCGCCAGGACCCUGCUGAUCCUCGAUGGCUUGGACGAGUUCAAGACCCCCUUGGAUUUUUCCGACACAGUUGUAUGCACCGACCCCAAAAAGGAGAUCCAAGUGGACAGCCUGAUCACCAACAUCAUACGUGGCAACUUGCUGCAGGAGGCCUGUGUCUGGGUGACGUCGCGGCCAGCAGCAGCCAUCCAAAUCCCCGGUGGGCUCGUCGACCGCAUGACAGAGAUACGAGGUUUGGGAGCUGCAGAGAUCAAGGACUUCUUGGACCAGAUGUUCCUUGAAAACAGAGACCUGUCCAGCCAGGUUCUGCAUCACAUCAGAGCUAACAGGCCGCUGCAUGUCAUGUGCACAGUCCCUGGCUUGUGCUGGAUUUCUGGGUCCUCAAUUGGCUAUUACCUGAGAAGCAGCACCGAGCAGCCACAGGAAGCAGCCAUCGUCCCCAGGACCCUGUCAGAAAUCUACUCCUAUUAUUUUAAAAUGGCUCUGAGCAGUGACUGGCCAGAAAAGCCAAGAGAAACACUCAGGAUCGAGCAGGCUGUGAACAACAGCAAGAAAAUAGUGGGCAGCCUGGGCAAGCUGGCCUUCUAUGGGCUGCUCAGAAAGAAGCACGUGUUUUACGAGCAGGACAUGAAGGCAUAUGGCAUUGACCUUUCCUUGCUACAGAGCAGCCUGUGCAGCCGGCUCCUGCUCAAAGAAGAGAUGCAGUCCUUCACAGCCUAUUACUUCUUCCACUUAACCAUCCAGGAGUUUCUAGCUGCUGUUUACUAUUACACGGCUGCAAAGCGAACGAUAUUCGACCUGUUCACGGAGAGCGGGAUGUCCUGGCCCAAGCUGGGCUUCCUCAACCACUUCAAGAGCGCUGUUCAGAGGUCGUUGCAAGCAGAGGACAGGCAGCUGGACAUCUUUGUGCGUUUUCUCUCUGGGCUCCUCUCACCGCGGGUGAACAAAUUGCUCUCUGGGUGGCUGCUGGUGAAGGAUGAGCACAACAACUUCAGGAGCCAAGUGAUCAACUUCCUUCAGGGCUGCCUCAACACCGACUAUGUCAUCUCCUCACGGGCAGUGAACACCAUGCACUGCCUGUACGAAAUUCAGCACACGGAGAUCGCCAAGACUGUGGAAGAAGCAAUGAAGAAUGAGAGCUUGGCCGGGAUGCUUACACCCACAAACUGCUCUGCCUUGGCUUAUCUCCUGCAGGUCUCUGACAUCUGCAUGGAGGAGACAAACCUCUCCAACUGCCUCACCUACAACAUCUGUAAGAGCCUGCUCUCCCAGCUCCUCUUCUGCCACAACCUCAGGCUGGACAAUAACCAGUUUAAGGAUAAUGUGAUGGAGCUGCUGGGCAGCAUGCUGAGUGUGAAGGACUGUCAGAUUAAGAAGCUCAGCUUGGCAGAAAAUCAGAUCAGCAACAAGGGAGCCAAAGCACUGGCUAGGUCACUGAUGGUGAACAGGAGCCUGACUAUGCUGGACCUGCGGAGCAACUCUAUCGGCCCCACUGGAGCAAAAGCACUGGCUGAUGCACUGAAAAAAAACCAAGUCCUGCUCAUCCUGAACCUGCAGCACAACACCAUCAGGGAGGAUGGUGCCACCUUUCUGGCUGAGGCCCUUGUGACCAACCGCAGGCUGAUGACCCUGCACCUGCAGAAAAAUGCCAUCGGAGCCCACGGUGCCAAGAAAAUAGCAGAGGCUCUGAAGCAGAACUGCAGCCUGAAGGAGCUGAUACUCUCGAGCAACUCGGUAGGAGACAAUGGCUCGGUUGCCUUGGCUGAAGCUCUGAAGGUGAAUCACAGUCUUCAAAGCCUUGAUCUCCAGAGCAACUCCAUCAGCAGCACUGGGGUCACUGCGCUGACAGCGGCUCUCUGCUCCAACAAGGGACUCGUCAGCCUCAACCUGCGGGAGAACUCCAUCAGUGAGGAGGGGGGCCCGGCCAUUGCCCGUGCCCUGCGGGCCAACAGCACCCUCAGGAAGCUGGACUUAGCUGCCAACCUGCUGUACGACGAAGGCGUCAGGGCCAUCGCCGCAGCGGUGAAAGAGAACCAGGCCCUCACAUCCCUUCACUUGCAGUGGAACUUUAUCCAGGCAAAAGCUGCCACGGCCCUGGCACAAGCACUACAGUCCAACAGGAGCCUGGCUAGCCUUGACUUGCAGGAAAAUGCCAUUGGAGACGAGGGAAUGGCUGCCCUCUCUGCUGCACUGAAGGUCAACACAACCUUGGCAGAUCUCCAGGUUCUUGUUCUUUUGCAGUCUGCAGGUGGCUUCAGUUGGUGCAGCUGGAGCCCAAGCCCUGGCAGAAGCCUUGGUAGUCAACAAGAGCCUGCAGAUCCUGGACUUGCGGGGAAACUCCAUCGGCGUGGCAGGGGCCAAGGCCAUGGCCAAUGCACUGAAGGUGAACCUCAGCCUGCGCCGGCUCAACCUGCAGGAAAAUUCCCUGGGCAUGGAUGGAGCCAUCUGCAUUGCCACUGCUCUGAAGGGCAACCACGGCCUCACCUAUGUGAACCUGCAGGGGAACCGCAUCGGCCACUCAGGAGCCAAGGUGAUCUCUGACACCAUCCGGACACACGCACCCAACUGCAUCGUGGAUGUGUGAGGCUCCCUGGCCACCCUGAGGAGGUGGCCCCGUGGGCCUCUUUGGCCAGUGUAAUUCUGCAGGGAGCUGCUCAACCCUAUGCCUGCUGUCUCAGGGAGGAGAGCUGAGGCAAAGAGAGCUGCUGAGCUUCUCGGCAGGGCCCAGGAGGACUGAAGGCUUCCAAAUCAGCAGUGCAGGAGGGUGAAGACACAGUAGUGUUGAAAGCUGAGAGAUAUAUGACCAUGUUACUGUUCAUCCAGGCCCUGGGGGAGCUUCAAGGAAUGGGUGAAAUGCAAAAAGGACAGAGGAGGGGGCAGAUCUCACAUGCCAGCCCUUCCUGUUUCUGAGUGCCUUUACCUGCUGCAGCAGCAGCCCCUCCUGUGACCUCCAUGGGGUCACAGUGCUGUGCUCAGACCCUGCCUCAGCACAGGUGCAACCCGACCACCCUGGAGCUCUGCUCUUGUCCCAGCCCAAGUCACCAUAGCCACACAUUGCAACAUGCCAGAUGGGGGUCCAGUCUCUGCUCCCAGCACCAGCUCUUUGCUUUUGGCAGGAUCCCAGGAGAACCAGGUGAAACACGGCAGGAUUCACAGCAGCCCCUUCUCACCUGGCUAAAUACAGCCCGGUCCCACAGUCUCUCCUUGGAAUCCCAGAGACAAGGGGUUUGCAACCCCCCCCAGAGUCCCCUCCAGCCACUGUCUCCUCUCUCUGCUUCACCCCAGCUAAAGUGCAUAUGAGACAUAGUGCUGAGGCCAUCAGGGCAGUAAGGGGCUGCUUCAAGGACCUCUGUGGCUGAUCCCAGAGAAACACUGGGCUGAGAUGGGCAACAUGGAUGUACUUGACAAUGAAUUAGUUCUGGCUGAGACAAUGCCUUAUGCCACCUCUCUCCCUUGGUGUUGGGGAUAGGCAGUGCUGUUCUGCUGGGUUGCAGCCCCCAGCGUUGCUUGGGUGUGAUGCGGAACUAAAGGCUCUUCCAUCAGGCGCUGGUGUCUCCAACAGGACUCAGUGAUGCCGACUGAUUUCAUUACUGCAUCUUUCACCAUUAUUUCAGAGCAAACUGAGGCUCGGGUCCAGCUCUGACAAAAGCCUGUGCCUAACCCCUAGCUCAAAUGUUAACUGAAGCAAUUGAGAUGUUAGCAUGCACUGUUCUGCCCUGUUCUGUCUGUGAAGUUUGUCCAUGAUUGUCAUUAAUGGGACUAUAGUUCCUAAGGUACCUGUUCCCUUCCAUCCUGGAUGGGGGUAAUGCUUCUGUGAGAUGUAUUUGCACACAGCCAGUGGGAUCUGCAUCUGUGAAGUCCUGGGUCUUGAUUUCUGUGUGUUACACGUGUUUUAAUGUCAAUGGUAAGGUGACAAGAGCUAUCGCAGUGUGAUAUUGCCAAGCUGGACUCGUGGCUGCCAUUGCAAACAGAAGCAGACUAAAGGAAGUGAAUCCUGGCAUUUAUCUUUAAACGUGAAGGCUGCUUGUUUGAAUGUCUGUCCUGGGUUUGUGAGGAGCUGCUUUGGCUUGGUAAGAGGGGGAGAGGGCUGCAGUGGGGACACGGUAAAGAGUUCUCAGACCGUCCUCUGGCUCUGGGGUUUGGUUUGCACCCUCCUCCAGCCCCGCUGGGGCGAUCUGGCUCCUGUGCAGCACGAGUUAAGGACAGGAAUUUGCAGUGCAGAGGAGGAGGUGGAAGGGAAGGGCACGGUGAAGAUGCUGACCCUGCAGCCAGGAAAGGAGGACAGAAGGAGCGAUGCUGGACCAGACAGACCCUUGCAGCCCACGGCAAGAAGCAGAGAGCCUGUGAGAGAGGGGGUGAGGGUUGGAGACUCUGGGUGAGAGGGGGCGAGCAGCUCAGAGCCCAGCCUGCAGGAGACGAGCCAGACCUGCCUCGCCCUGCCAGAGCGGCCUGUGCAGGGCUGCCUGGGAUGUGGGGGACCCUGAGCUGGAGCAAGGGAGGGCUGUGAGGAGCACAUCUCAGCAGUGAGGGAAGCAGCCAGAGAGCUGAGGAGAGGGCUGACUGCAGCCCCAUUCCCUGCCCCUGGCUCUGGUUGUGCUGAGAGGAGGGAAUGGCAGCAGGCUGAGGGCUCUGGAGCAU